AUGAAGCAUGCACGUGGAGAGUUCAUUGCUCUCUUCCGUGCCCGGUGGCUCGCAUGUCUGCCACCAAGCUUCACUCUUGGUCUUCGUCUGUUCCUUCGCACGACGCUCCAAACUCUCUCUGCGCACGAGAAGCUAUUCCAUAUACUGGUUCAACUUGGCAUCUCCGAGCGUUUCGACAAGACCUUCAUCGAUGUCAUGUACGAUGAACUGGAGCAGAAGAUCCUGGACAGUUGUCCAGGAAUUUGGAGGGAGCCAAGGUUGGAAAUGAUUCGCAAAGCUGCGAAGGAAUUGGAAGAGAGAUGGCUAUCCGCCGUGUAUGGACAUAGGUUCUCGAGAACAGAGAAUAAUGACUGGUUCAAGAACGCGAUGAUGAUGGUCACAGGCAGGCUGGACCACUUUAUCUCGCGGACGCUCGUGGAGCUACGAACAUCAGAAAUAUUUGAUAUCGUCGUUGACUUCCCCGACACCCUUCCAGCCAUUCAGGAUCUAAGGGUGUGUUGUCCGUUUCUCUUUCCGCUGUCAUGGCUCCCUGGCUCACUCGUCACCAGGGUCAAUCAGCGCAUCUUGCAGCCCGCCGCAGACACCGACGAUAUCAUCACGUUCUACGUAUCCUUGAUUCGCUGCUUGCGUAUCAUCGAUCCACAAGGUGUCAUUCUACAUAAAGUCGCGCCACCAAUACGAAAGUAUCUUCGCGACCGACCGGAUGCCGUCCGGUGCAUCGUCAAACGCAUGACUGAUGAGAACGAGAGUUUCAUGCAAGAGGGGGAACAGGUCGUUCCAAUUCAACAAGUUCAUGAGGCUUAUGAUGAUUACACGGAUCCGCACUGGUUGCCCGAGCCGGUCGAUGCUGGAGCUGACUUCCGGACCACGCGGCCGAUGGACAUCGUCAGCACCCUAGUGUCCAUCUACGACACACAAGACUUAUUCAUCAAGGAGCUUCAGCAUCUUCUCGCUGGAAGACUUCUAGCGGUGCGGAAUUCACCUCUGGAUGACGAGAUACGAAAUGUGGAGAUGCUCAAGAUGCGUUUCGGUGAAGCCCCGCUGCAAGUCUGCGCAGUAAUGUUGAAGGACAUGUCGGAUUCACGCAGGACGAACACACACCUGCACGGAGAACAAUCUCACCCACUCUAUACCACAGUUAUCUCGCGCUUGUUCUGGCCGACUAUUCAACCUGUCCCACUCAAGAUGCCCGGACAGUUUAAGGAACUGCAAGAUGGCUUCGAAGCCGAGUUCCACAAGUUCAAACCCGAUAAGAGCCUGAAAUGGGUGCCACAGCUCGGAGCCGUCUCGCUCAACCUAGAGCUAGAAGAUCGGGUGGUCGAAGUGGAGGCUACACCAAUCCAAGCAGGCGUCAUCGAGCUAUUCUCAGAACGAGACACUUGGGAUCUAGAGCAACUCAUGCAGAAGCUCGGGGGAAUCGACAGAGUUCUCGUACAGAGUGCGUUGGACUUCUGGAUUGGAGAAGGCGUAGUGAAGAAUGAAGGCAGCCGGUACAUAUUGCUUGAAAAGGCCGAGGCAGCUAAAGGAGUGUCGCAGCGGCCCCCCCCAGUUGAUGAAGCGCCGCGGGUUGAUGAGAGGGACAAGCAGCAAGCUGAACAAAUGAAAAUUUAUUGGCAGUUCAUACAAGGGAUGUUGACCAACCUUUCGUCCCUACCUAUCGAUAGGAUACAGGCAAUGCUGAAGUUUGCCCCGGGGUAUAAUCGCUCUGUACAGGAGUUGGCAGUAUUUCUGGAAUCUGCGCGAAAAGAAGGUCUGGUCGUGUUCACCAAUGGUGCGUGGAAAUUAGAGAAGAAAUAA